CUUUUUUUUUUUUCUGUGUCGCCCUCCUCAUUAUCUUCUUUUUGUUAUCACAUUUCAGUUAAAAAGCAGAUUGACAGUAGCCCAUCUAUCAGCCCAAUCCUUCUGAAUAGAGUGGUUAAAUUCACCGUAUUCAUCUUUCCUCUCCUACUUCAACGCGUGUGCAUUACGUUAAUUCAACAAAUAACGAAGAGAAGGCUUAUUUAAGAAGAGCACCGGAGGGAGCAGUGGUCCUGUCAUCUAAAGGAACUGAAAUAGAGAAAAGAGAAAAAAAAAAGAAAAAAGAAAAAAGAAAAGAAAAAAAGAGAGAGGAAGAGAAAGAGAGAAGUGUGCAUCACUCUUUGCCGACCGACGAUAAGUUAAUGGCGCAUGGCUGGAACGCACUCUGUCCACACCGUCGCUAAUGGGAUGCCUACCGAUACUUCUCUGACUGAAGCAAAGAUGGAACCUAAUGGUAUUGUCAAGGGUGCCUCACAAACCAACGUUGCAUCCACAUCAUCCGCAUCGUCAUCCUUGGUUAUAGCUACGCCCGUCUUACCACGAAACCUGGCUGGUAUGGUCCCACUCGGCGCCAUCAUUCAUCGCAUGACCAAUGAGGCGUUUUCGGAUCUGUCCAAUCUUUCAGACAUUUUACCAUCAAUGACUGAUGCGCAAAAGAAACUGCAUAUCUUGGAAUAUACGCUUUCGAAACGUGAACAGUUCAUCAAAUUGCUAGUUUUAACAAAGUGGGCGAAAAGCGCACACAAAUUUCAACAAUGUCAGGAUAUUGUUGGAUUUUUGCGCCAUGAAAACGAACUUUUUACACGCGCGGUCGGAGGGCUAUUUGAAACUUACAGAAUGUUCGGCAGAGCUCGUGUGCGUAACUUUGAUAUACCUACAGCUAUUGAUGUUUUGACUACAGGAACGUACCAACGCUUACCCUCGAGGAUUAAGCAGGUAUAUGUUGCUGAUGAGCCACCAAGCAGGACUGAAAUGGCGGCUACACUAGAAAGACUGGAUGAUGUGAUACGAAUGAGGCUACUUUGCGACGAACUUGUACCACCAGCCAUGAAAUAUACAAUCGGCAAAGGAAAAGUCAAAUUUGUGGUGGCGAAUGAAUUUCAGGUAACGCUGACUGUUUCUGGACCAGGAUCGCCGAUGGAUGUUCCCUGGCGUAUUGUAGGGCUCGAGAUUUUGGUGAAGCCUAUUGGAGGAUCAUUUCAAGGGCUUGAUACCUCGCUAAGUGAGCUACAAAUGCGAGCGAUUAUUCAUGCAGCCCAAAAGGCGAUGGAUUCCUCUAGCCCUGCUAAUGCAACACAGUAUACAGUCGUACCAGCGGGACCAGAAUCCGGAGCGCCUGCAAAUCAAGCACUGUUGCGUCUUUAUGAUUACUUGCACAUGGUGUCCCUACAUUUGUUAAUUGAGUUGGUUUAUAUUCAGGCCCAGUAUGUACGAUCUGGAUGGAAUAAUAGGUUGCUCGUGGAUAUUAACAAGCCUCAGCGAAGCUAUGUGCGCUUGACCUACUGGGGUAGCGGUAUGACUACUGCAACACAAACACAAACCUCUGCCCCAGCACCUAAAAGACGAGCGUCUGCAUCGCCAUCAACGUUAUCAGGAGCUCAGAUUCAAGGUCUUGUCUCCCAACAGGAGCACUUUCUAGAAAUCAGGAUUGAAGAACGGGAAGGGCCAAAGUCAGAAAUACCUGAGGGCCUUGCGGGGGCCCUUGUAGAUUCCAAGAGCUUAGGCUACCCAAAAGCAUACAUCAAGGUUAUUUGGAGUCAAGUUGUCAAAGGGGUUAUAUCAGAACAAGAAGUUGGCCCCAUUUUGGAAUUGGAUCCUUCAAAUAUUCAUGUAGAGAGAUUGCUUCUGAAGACUGUAAACACGCAUACUGGGCAGGUCAUGCAGGAAUUCUAUGAUCGUCUUUCUAGGCAUAUUGACGCCACAAAAACUCACCCAGAACAAGAGGAUGACACUUUCUUUUGCAAGAAUGAUAUCAAGCUAGACAUGCUAGAUUCUGCAGAACAUUCAAUCCUAAAUGGAGUGGCCAACCUGACUGGUCCUAAAGCACUACUAGUGCGAUUGAAAGGGGACCGAUGGAUUAGGAUACGGAUUGAUAUUAGGACAGGACAGGUAGUGGUUCGGGAAGUAGGGAAGACUGGCGAAGGAAUCGAUCCCGUUAUUGCCGCUUUUCAAAAUAGGCUCAACGAAAAUGCCAACAAUAUCGUGGAUGCAUUGAUUUCAUUGCGAUUUUCGAUGGCAAUGGUGGAACUUGAGUCAUUAGCUGUUCUCUUAGGACUUCAACCCUAUAGGCGAAUUGCGCUAGGAACGCCGGAUGUUUCGAAAUUUGGAAGCAAUAUUCAACAAAUAUUAUUUUUGCAGUAUCCUCAGCACCCACGCUAUUAUCUUGUUAUAGGAGUUAUCGACAGGAAGUUUUGCGUUUGGCUGAUUGAGGUAGUACCAACAACGGGAAUCUUGCUUACUUUAAAGUCGAAGGCGCCUGUAUACUGGCAGGAGCUAAAGCGACAAAGAAAGAUUGUCAAAGGUGAUGUUGAGCCGAAGUCAGCUAUAAUGAAGCGGAAAUCAGUUCAGUUUGACGUUGGGGACGAAACUCCACAGGAGCCAUCUACCAGUGAUGGAUUGACGAUUGACCAGGAUCUUUUGUCGAAGCUUGAGGCGCUGUGCCGUGCUAAAAUUUGUCAUACUGAGGUGAAAUCGCAAUUGGAGCAACAUGGCAUCCAAUAUAGACUUUUGUCUUCAAAUACAAAGGGUGCUGAAGAUGCUUCUCCUGCAAGGCGACCGACAAAUACCAUACCACUAAUUCGUUUGGAACCAAGUUCGAUCUCUCCAGGCUUUACGGAGGGAUUAUUUUUGUAUGUGGGCGCGAAGCUAACAGGCUGGUGGGAUAAUCAGAGAGAAACAUGUAACUUUAUUGUACAAGCAAAGUUCGCUCCUGAUUCUAUCCCCUCCAACAUGGACAAUGGGUCGUUAGAUUCAUCGGUCUGCUACCAUGCAAAAACCGGAAUCCUGAGUUUCACAUAUAAAAUCAGAGGAGACUUUAUUCAACAAUUUAAGGGAGACUGGGAAAAGAUUGUUCGAAUGCUCAGGAUCAUUCGUCAACUUCAUGCACCAACCAUCACCUCAUCAUAUAUCAACUUGCAGGUCUGCCAUUUACACUACGUCAAAUUGUCAUAUUUCGGGCGCUAUACAGCCACUAUCAGAUGGGCGCCUCCUUCAAUAGCAGAGAGACGAUCAAAUUCGGGUGUCUUGCUUCCUAAUGCGCCUCGAUUCCGACAAGGACUAUAUGAGAUUGAUCUUGCGGAAAUUGAAGAGGGUGUCGACUAUUUCAUCAACCCACAUCGUAGGAUGAAAUACUUUUUGCAGGACAUGUUCAAUCGGGAAGCUGAUCUGCAUAGCCUUAUGAACACAAUAGUACAGACUUGCUCCAUCUUGGAGGUAGUCGAUAGAUUAGAAAAUUCGGUCAAAGAGGACAGCAUGGGCCUCAAGCUCCUUUCAAUCAUACCUCGCUCAGCUCAUCAUAUCCGGCUUGUCUAUGGAUCAAAAUACGCCUUGGACAUUCGAGCUUACAGUCGCACACAUCUAUCCAUGUUUGAUGCAUCAUUUCCCUCUGAAUCAUUUGGGUCCAAUCUGCCGCCACCACCACAGCCUGCCACUGCACCAUCUUUGAUGACGCCUGGACGCAUUGUCCCACCAACAUCAAAGGGCCAUCUACACUAUGGCGCGAUACCCAAACUACAAGCUCUCAUUGGCAGUAUCGAUGUUGACAAGGAGGAUGAGGAGUUUAAUGAUCUCCAACCUACAAUUGCCUCAUUGGUCAUUAAUUCAUCAGUAACAUCUUCACAAGGCCGCAAAUUAUCUUCACAUGGCACCACACUUGGGGGACUGCAAGAAGAAGACUCAUACGAAAUCAUGCCGCUCCCUAACGGACUUAUCUGCUCGAGAAAAGCAAGUGGCCGUGCUCUCUACCGUAUUGCGAAGCAUAUGGAAAGCCAGCUGUAAUUAAUCGUCCUCUGCCUCCAUUUAAUAGGCAUACAUCAAAGAGAAAUAUGCAUUUAGUCGAAUUUAGUCGAAGCAAUCAUGCAUAGAUGGUUUCCAC